CGCUCGGGUGGCCUCUCUCUCCCCUUCUCCCUCCCUUUUCCCCCGAGGCUAUGUCCACCGGGUGCGGCGAGGGGGGCAGCGCUAAAGUCACGCCACCGCGCGGGGGCUACAGAGCCCAGGACGAGCCCUGCAAGAUGCACUUAGGACCCCCGCGGCUGGAAGAAUGAGCUUGUCCUUCCUCCUCCUCCUCGUCCUCAGCCACCUGAUCCUCAGCGCUUGGGCUCACGGGGAGAAACGCCUCGCCCCCACAGGGCAACCCGGACCCGCUGCCACAGAUAGGAGCCUGGGAAGCGCCAACACCAGCCAGAGCUGCCGGAGCACAACGUCCUCCUCUUCUGCCUCUUCUGCCUCCUCUUACCCGGCGGCUUCUCUGGGCAGCCAAGGAAGCGGCUCAGAGCAAAGCAGUUUCCAGUGGAGCCCCUCGGGGCGCCGGACCGGCAGUCUCUACUGCAGAGUGGGCAUCGGUUUCCAUCUGCAGAUCUACCCGGAUGGCAAAGUCAAUGGAUCCCACGAAGCCAAUAUGUUAAGUAUUUUGGAAAUAUUUGCUGUGUCUCAGGGGAUUGUAGGAAUACGAGGAGUUUUCAGCAACAAAUUUUUAGCGAUGUCAAAAAAAGGAAAACUCCAUGCAAGUGCCAAAUUUACAGAUGACUGCAAGUUCAGGGAGCGAUUUCAAGAAAACAGCUAUAAUACUUAUGCCUCAGCAAUACAUAGAACUGAAAAAACAGGACGUGAGUGGUAUGUGGCUCUGAAUAAAAGAGGGAAAGCUAAACGAGGCUGUAGUCCACGGGUCAAACCCCAGCACAUCUCUACUCAUUUUUUGCCGAGAUUCAAGCAGUCGGAGCAGCCAGAACUUUCUUUCACAGUUACUGUUCCUGAAAAGAAGAAACCACCUAAACCAAAGGUUGCCCUCUCUGCACCUAGGAAAAGUCCUAACACAGUGAAAUACAGACUAAAGUUUCGCUUUGGAUAGUAUUCAUUUUGGCCUUUGAGAAAUCCUUCUUUGCCCUCAGGAGUUUCUACAGGUGUCUUCAGAGCUCUAAUGACUUCUUUUUGGACAGAGCAUCAGUUGUUAUACACUGUAUUGAAGUCAGGUUAUUUGUUUCAGUUUGACUGAAGCAAACAUGUUUUUAUAUGGGAACUGAACUGUGAUUCUGGCACUAUUACAGGGUGGACACUGCUUUAGUUCAACGAGAUGUAAAACCUUUUGUUUUAUGCUUAUGAGUAUUUGGAAGUCUGUUAUUUUCAGAACUUUAAAUAGCAUGGACUAUGCAUUUUUCUGACUUUUACAGAUCAACUUGAAAGAACAUACAUGGUACAUUUUUACUUUUGGUUUCCAAAGUAUAUUUUGAUGCAGAUGAAAUAUUUUAUUAACUUUUGAUUUUUUGUUUUUUAAGAAAAUACCUCUGCGUUAAGCAUAUUUUCUUACUUUUAUUAUUUUAACCAACAUGGCAUAAACAAUCAUUUUAAUGCAGUGUAUGAAUUAUAAAUGUGUUUAUAUAUAGCUCAUUUGUAACAUGUGAAUUUCUUUUUUAUUUUUUUUUAACUCACUGCACUUUUGAUUUUUCAACCAUACCUCAGAUAAUGUAAAUUUAGCUGUAUGUCUUAAAAUGUUUAAAUUCACUUUCCCAGCA